UCUGUUUUACUUUUAUACAGUAGGCUGUAGGCUAUACGUUCUUCUAUAGUAUGGUUUUAUCUGACUGUCGUCAGUGAUUCGUCAUUUCCACGGAUGUAAGUCAUCAUCCAAAGGCGCAUCAAAGAUCAACCUGAAUGUCUAUCUCCGUUCAUAGAUUUAUUCAUAUCGAAGCUUCUUAAAAUGGAUGGGAAAACUGUUAACACCGAUCUUGAUGUUUCGAGAGACGCGAAAUCUCCCGUGACCGACGGUCUGAAGGGUGGGCGGCGUGACGAGGUGGUGGUGAGCGGCAUCAGGAGGCUGAGCACCAUAUCUGAGCAGGACGCGGACGCUUCGUCUCUGGUCGUCGUGGGCAACCAGUGGGCGGGGUCUAGCUCCUCCCUCCUGCUCAGCAGUGACUUCACUUCCUUUGAGUCGCACAUGCCGGAUUCUGGAGAUGACUGUGCGUCUCUCCUGUUGGCGUGCCUGCACUGCCGUUUCUCUGAGCUGCUGUGGCUGGUUCCUGAGACGUGUGAGCGUUGCGUGCUGCGCUGCUGCCCGUCCUGUGGCUACUACAGCGCCACCAGGGAGCCCGCGCGCGCCAACGACUGCUGCAGCUGGAACCUGAGCUGCGACUGCGCGCUCUUCGACUCGUGCCAGGAGGCCAGCGAGCUGAUCGAGCUGGCCAUGGAGAUCUCGGAGGUGUGCUAUCGCUGAGGGAGGCGGAGAUGGUGACCAGAGGAACGCUGGACUGACCACAGAGCGGAGGGCAGCAUGUUGAUGGAGCGUUCACUGUGCACCUGAGAGAGCAGCUUCACUCGCAUGGGAUGGAGGAGGUAUCCAAACACCUGAGAUGGGUUAAUAAGGGUUAAUAAUAUCAGGAUUGACCUGAUAACGGGGUUAAUAAUAUCAGGAUUGUCCUGAGAUGGGUUAAUAACGGGGUUAAUAAUAUCAGGAUUGUCCUGAGAUGGGUUAAUAACGGGGUUAAUAAUAUCAGGAUUGACCUGAGAUGGGUUAAUAACGGGGUUAAUAAUAAAGGAUUGACCUGAGAUGGGUUA